ACUGGGGAAAGGAUGGCAUUAGUUACUGAAGGGUGUCUGGGACCAGUUUUCUCAUCCAGCUUCGGACCUAGGUGAAAGAGCAGGUGUACAUCAAAUGAUCCAGUUUCUCUUCUGACUUGGGGAAGACAGAAUCAUGAAUAAACUGGAGGAUAAGCAGGACCAGAUGAUACCAUGAAGAGAAGUUUACAGGCCCUCUAUUGCCAACUGUUAAAGACUGAGCUCUGGGAAGCAGUUCCCAGUGGAGUCAUGGACCUCAUCAGUCCAGCUGUUGAACCCAUGAUCUCUGGACAUUUCUGGAACCCACCAGGCUUUCUCCUGACCUUGGCACUGACCAAAGCACUGGUACUCGCUGUCCAGGAACCAUCUCCCAGGGAAUCUCUGCAGACCCUUCCCUCAGGCAGCCCGCCAGGCACCAUGGUAACAGCACCUCACAGCUCUACCAGACUCUCCUCUGUGGUGACUCUGGACCCCAAACCUGAUGGAUCCUCCUCACAGGCUGCAGCUACUAUGGAAACAACAAUGUCUCAUCCAGAAGGGCACCCUCCUACAAACACCGUGUCCACUAUUGUGACAGCUGCCAUCCCCCAUCCUGAAAACCCUCUGCCCACAGGUUCCCCUCCAGCUGCCAUGGCAACCACAUCCUCCCAUUCAGAGGGCCGCCGCCCCCCAAAGGAUGCUGCCCCCACCAUCCUGCCAACAAAACCAGCAGGAGCCACCAGCCGCCCCACAAUGUCCCCACGGUCCACCACUCGUAGACCCCCCAGGCCCCCAGGCUCUUCCAGAAAGGGGGCUGCUGGCUCCUCUCGCCCUCUCCUCCCUGUACCCAGUGGCCACUCAGCAAGGAAGGAAGGCCAGAGGGGACGAAAUCAGAGCUCCACACACCUUGGGCAGAAACGCCCUCUGGGGAAAAUCUUCCAGAUCUACAAAGGUAACUUUACAGGGUCUGUAGAGCCAGACCCCUCUGCUCUUACCCCCAGGACCCCACUCUGGGGCUACUCCUCUUCGCCACAGCCCCAGACAGUGUCUCCAGCUACAGCACUCAGAAGCACCUCGUGGGUGCCCCCCACAACCUCCCUGGUACCUGCAAAGGACAAGCCAGGCCUUAUCAGAGCCAACCAGGGAAGUGGCCCCACAUUUACCAGCGCAGCAGGGGAGCCGGAUGCCACAGCAGCCUCAGCUGCUCCUGCCAGUACACAGCCUGUCCCAGUGCCUUCUCAGAGCCCUCAUGGUGACGUGCAGGACAGCCCUAGCCACAGUGACUCUUGGCUUGCUGUCACCCCUGACACUGACAGACCCCCAUCUGCCAGUUCCGGGGUCUUCACGGCUGCCACGGGGCCUACCCAGGCUGCCUUUGAUGCCAGUGUCUCAGCCCCUUCCCAGGGCAUCCCUCAGGAAACAUCGGCAACCCCUCAGGCCCCAACCUGGCCCUCUGGGGUCUCAGGAAGCACUGUUUCUCCAGCCAAGGAGAAGGCUGACGCUUCCCCCACAACCACCGACAGGGGGCCCAGAGCUCUAUCCACAGUGCUGUCCACAGCCACAGGAAACUUCCUCAACCGCCUGGUCCCUGCUGGGACCUGGAAGCCAGGAACAGCGGGCAACAUCUCCCAUGUGGCUGAAGGGGACAAGCCCCAGCACAGAGCGACCAUCUGCUUGAGCAAGAUGGAUAUUGCCUGGGUAAUCCUGGCCAUCAGUGUGCCCAUCUCUUCCUGCUCCGUCCUGUUGACCGUGUGCUGCAUGAGGAGGAAGAAGAAGACGGCCAACCCUGAGAACAACCUGAGCUACUGGAACAAUGCCAUCACCAUGGACUACUUCAACAGGCAUGCAGUGGAGCUCCCAAGGGAGAUCCAGUCCCUGGAGACCUCAGAGGACCAGCUCUCAGAGCCCCGCUCCCCAGCCAAUGGCGACUAUCGAGACACUGGGAUGGUCCUUGUGAACCCCUUCUGCCAGGAAACACUGUUCGUGGGAAAUGAUCAAGUGUCUGAGAUCUAGAUGCAGCAGCCUCCGCGUUGCCACUCCCUAUUUUUGUCUCUAAAUUAUAAAUAUACAAAUAUAUAUAUUAUAAAUAUAACCUUUGUGUAACCCUGACUUAAUAAGAAACAUUUUCAGCUUUUUUUCUUAAGAAUUGUCAACAUCUUUUUUACAAGUGUGGUUAAAAAAAAAAAAUUUACAGAAUGACCCAUGGCUUUAUAAAAAUAAACGUAUUUCUAAGCAAAGCAGUUGCAUUGAUUGCUUCUCUUGACUGUUCUGGACAUGUGAGGGUCCCAGGAGCCCUGGGCAGGUGAGGAAAGAGACCAGUCUCCCUCGGAAGCUGAAUGUCAUGACGGCCAAGUGAGUGGUCCUUUGUCUGUUCUUGAAGCUAU